AUGGAUUCUACUAAACGUGACAUAAGUUCAGCAAUGGCUCCUACUGGAGCUAUGGAUGUACAAUUUAUCGAGAAUUCAUCUUCACAAACCGAUGGUUCGGUGGACAGGACAAAUAAAUAUCAGGAAACGACCGAUGUAAAAAUGUGCAAGCUCUCUGAUCAGUUUAUGGAUCAACGAAAUGGUUCAAACAUAUCAAAUUUGAACGAUGUCUUGAUUUUGAAUGCCGCAGUAAACAGUUUUCUUUGGGCCAACGCAGCUGCCGGGACGGAUGGAGCAAAUGCCUUUGUUACUCCGGAAAUGCUUGCAUCUCUCUCAGCUGCUGGUUUAUCACCUUCUUUAGGCGUUCCAUGCUCUUCUACUCUUACGGACAAUUCAUUACAUCUGAAAACAUCUUUCGAUCUUGCUAAACCUGUUGCGCCUGAAGUGAUAUCAGAACCGGCGGAAUUUGUGGUUAUUGGUAAAACGCUCUCUUCACCACGUGAAACGUUAAAACCGCUUGUACCACUAUCACCUACUUCAGCAAGCGAAUCUAUGUUACCUGCAUGUGGAACUCUGCUAUUAAAUCACUCAACUGAAUCGGUAACCAAAACGUCACCAUCUUGUACCAACGAUGGUAUGUAA